GAAACAGUGCAUGAUAUGAAGCUCGAUGUCAUAUUAUAAAGAUGCUCUUUCGAAUCAGUCUCCUUUUUCUUCUCACUAAUAUUCGUUUUCAUUACCAAGUCGGUCACCGUUUAUCUUAAAGGAACUGUUUUUGGUACUCCAUAAAACUUGUUGAGAUUCUCCCUCUGAAAAUAUGAGUGAGAAAUUGUGCUUAUAAAAGUGUACGAUACCUCUUGGAGUCCGAACAACAGCUCCCUAUUUUAAAUGAAAAAAAAAAAAAAAAAUCUCACCCGGAGAAGAAGAGAGAAAAAAAGUUGUCACUUGGUCUGGGCCAGUCCACAGCCCAGUUUGGGGUUGGAUGCGGCUCAAUUUUAUAUGAGCAAAGUGGUAUUUUCGAAAGGAGAUCAUCUCGGGGCUGAUAAAGGGCGCGAUUAACGGUCAUUUUCCGGCAAAGGGGGCACAAAGCCUCAAAUGGGAGACAGCGACUUGACCGUUGCUGUGACAAGGUUGAAGAGAGAAGAUUGCAAGCGCACCAAACACGACUCUCACUUCUCUAAUUGGAAGAUUCUGGUUGGUCCUUCGGAUUGGGAAGACUAUUCACUGGGAAUAGAAGGGGCUGAAAGAUACAGGGUUCAUAACCUCCCAGAAAAGGAGAGUCCAGGUGUCUAUGAACUUGGCAUUGCAGUCUUGCGUACUGGUUUAGGCCGUGAGAUUGGCAAGCUUGACCCAGACUAUAUAGUCCCAGUGUACCUUGGACAAGCUGAUAAUGUGAGGACACGACUUCAGCAAUAUGGUCGUUCAGGUGCUCAUUUGGGCAAUGGCUGUCCAACUGGUCAUCCUAGUGACCGUGUCCAAAAGGGGCCGGGAUUGUUUGCUGAGAUACUGUCAAGAGACUACCCCGUUGUGUACAGAUGGGCUCCUAUGGAAAACAAAAGUGUUGCGCUGAAAACAGAAACUCAGCUGCUUAACACAUUUGAUUAUGCAUGGAACACAAACAUUAAUGGGGCAAGACGCCCCGAUGAUGUCCUUAAAAAACUUAAGAUGGUAUCUUCAAGGCCUACACGAUUUGUUAAUAUUGCCCAGAAGUUUGUGCCUUUCAGUCCGAAGAAAGUGGGUACUAGGAUUGAAUCAAGCAUAUUGCUUUCACCAGAGGAUAAGUUCAGUGCUUAUGCUAAUAGGGAGAGCCACAAUCCCCUUUCUCGAGUUUUCAAGCUUGGCAGAUCACAGCCUAGGUUAGUUUUGGAUAGAAUUGGCAUUACUCCGGAGAAUACUAUAAUUUGUGGGGUGGAUGUAGGUGAUGGCUCCAUUUGCAGAAUGCCACCAGUUCCAGGAAGAAAGAGGUGUGCUAAACACAAAGGGAUGAGGAUUAAUGGGUCAACUAGAGUUGGGAUAUCAAAUAGCACCGUUGACUCAGAAUCAGAAUGCAGUGCUAUUAGCAGCAUAGAGUUUCAUGGUGCUCAAAUUAUUAACAGUGAUCCAGUAGAGAGCUUCGCUUCCAUUUGUGGAUUCAUCUUGGCUGAUGGCUCCGUUUGCAGAACACCACCAGUUCCAGGAAGAAAGAGGUGUGCUAAACACAAAGGGAUGAGGAUUAAUGGGUCAACUAGAGUUGGGAUAUCAAAUAGCACCGUUGACUCAGAAUCAGAAUGCAGUGCUAUUAGCAGCAUAGAGUUUCAUGGUGCUCAAAUUAUUAACAGUGAUCCAGUAGAGAGCUUCGCUUCCAUUUGUGGAUUCAUCUUGGCUGAUGGCUCUUCUUGCAGAAGGCAUCCAAUUCAAGGGAGGAAAAGAUGUGAUGAACAUAAAGGGAUGAGGAUUAAUAGGUCAACUAGAGUUGGGAUAUCAAAUAGCACCGUUGACUCAGAAUCAGAAUACAGUGCUAUUAGCAGCAGAGUGUUUCAUGAUGCUCAAAUUAUUAAUCGUUAUCCAGUAGAGAGCUUCACUUCCAUUUGUGGAAUCAUCUUGCCUGAUGGCUCUUCUUGCAGAAGGCAUCCAAUUCGAGGGAGGAAAAGAUGUGAUGAACAUAAAGGGAAAAGAAUCUAGAACCCCAACUCUAAGUAGGCGAACGAAGCUAAACUAAAAUAUGUGCAUGAUGUGGCUUCUGAACCCUGUAAUUUUGGGACUUCAAACUAUGAGCAGAAUUCAUCUGCAUUAUGUAAAUUUGGAGAAGUGCAAGCUCAAGUUUUGACGGUCCAAUAAAAGCUAUGAUACUACGUGUGGGGUGGUGGUGGAUGUAGGCUGUGGAUAUUUUUGCACAAGGCAGCCUAUUGUAGGAAGUGGAAGAAGGUGCUGUGACAGCAAAAACAAAAUUAUGUGUCCAUACAGAGAGGAUCUCUAUGUGAAACUACUCAUGAAAGGAGAUGGGGAGCAACAUAACACAAGGGAAGUAAAGUAAAUCCACUUGGGGUUUUCUUCUCUCUGAAAAUAGAUUGUAGAAAUUGGUGAUCCAGACUUCAAUUUGUUGUUGAUUGUUAUGCCUAUCAGAUAAUGUUGUAGCUUUCUGUAUCAAAUUAUUACAUACCCUUUAAAAUAAUGUUGUAUUGGCCUAAGAAGAAGUUGGGUAUGAAUUUGGUUUGACUUUUUUGUUUUAUUUGAUAUAUCCUUUUGUGUAAUUUCAUCCCAUAUUUUAUGUU